AUCGCUGUAGCAGUGGAAUAUCUGGCGGUAGUGCUGCGUGAAUCUUCUCGGAAAUUGAAUCUCAAGGACAUACAGAACGGGCUUGAUCUAAUCCGGACAUAAAGUUAAAUCCAAGUUAAUUGAAUUUCAAGGGAGAGUAUUCGGAUCUCUUGAUAUCCUUGGUGUCAUACACAUAGAGUCAUUGAGAAGUAAAGAUUACUGUGGAUCGAAACCCAUUCCAUAUCAUAUUCAGUGGUCGUCCUAUAAUAUCAGAUCUACCAGAGUGAACUUACUUGCGACUUUGCAACUGCUUCCUUCAAUCAUUCCGUCCACAACUUUUCGACAUGAGAUCGUUUAUAAAAUCACAUCGAAGAAACGAGUCUUCCACUUCGGAUGACCAUACCUUCUCUAGUAAUGGCAAAACUGAUGUGCAUCUCCCUCCUGUUCUGAAUGCGUAUUCUUCCAAAACUCCUAUGCCUUCGCCUAAUAUCAGAUCCAAUUCUCAGUUUACUCCUCCUCAGGCAGUUUCUUCUUCUGCUUCUAUCUCCUCUCCAAAAAAGCUUCUCACUCCCAUCAAGAACUUGUUUCUGCUGUCGAACCAUAAUAAUUCAAAGUCAACGGCCACUACGCCUACUUCGUCUGAUUCCCUAAACAACGUCAUCUAUGGUUUAUCCAAAGAAUCAAAUUCGUCCAAAACUAGACUCCGUCACAUCUCUCCCAAACACAGCCAUUCCCGAGCGUCCAUCUCAAAUCUCUCGGAUCUUCAGAAACUGGCCAAUAGAAACAGCGGAACAGGUUCGUUAGACCAUCCGUCAAAGCCAAAUCCUCAUCUCUGGGCAUCAGAAUCGUCGCCUGAGAAAAUUCAGAAACAGUAUCCUGUCAUUGAAGAUGGUGGACCUUCCACUUUCAAACUUGGCCCUGCUCCUAUUUUCAAGUCUUCCAACUCAUAUCCUUCUCUCGUAGCCUAUCAGCAGAUCCAUCUGCUACCUCCAACGAACUCACAAUCGCACACGUCUCUUUCAUCAUUUCAUUCGGCUGUCUCCUCGCAACACAAACUUCCUACUAGUGGAGUAGUCACCCCUGUGGUUAUGGAAAAGGUGGAAGGAAACGAUUCGUCCAACUCGUUGGAAGUUUCCGAACACAAGUUUGAAACGAAACAAGUCAGUUUCUAUUCCAGUCCUAUAAACGACAUUGCCAGUUCUUCCGAUGCUAAGAUUGAUUCUACCACUACUGAUACUGAUCAUAAUAUAGACCCUUUGAGAUCUGAUGACAGUGACGAUGGUGAAGAUAUCUCAGAAACUUCAUCUCAGUUCUCAUUCGUCAAAGACAGAAAAGGAGGAAGAAACACAUCUGUCAAAUAUUAUAAGACUAAGCAGGCUAAGCAGCCCGUGGAAGAAGCUCUCCAGCUGAAUACUUUCAACGAACACGAUUUAGGCUAUGAAGUGGACGAAUUCUCAGACUAUGAUUUUGAGAAUAAUGGUAUGGAUAUCUAUGACGAUGACGACGGUGAUGAUGUUCAGUAUAAUAACGCCUUUGACGAUGAUGAUGGCGACGAUGUUCGAUUCAAUAAUGCCUUAGAUGAUGAUGAAGUAAACGCAAAUUCAACAUUCCAGCAGGAAGACAUAAACUCAAUCUCUCAAAGCGUUUCAUCAGACAACCAUCGCAAUAAUGAUGAAGAGUCUUCUAAGUAUGACAUUAAUGAAGAUGAACAUCCCUUUGAUCAUGAGGACGAAUACAAGCGCGAUAUUACACUAGAGAACGACUUUGAAGACGGAGGAGAUAACAAAGCUUUUUAUUCACAAGACGAAUCUCAUCCAGUGAAUGAUAUUGAUAAUUUGGAAGUUGAAGAUAACGAUACCAAUGAAGAUUAUGGUGUCAAAGACUCGGCAAACAAAAGUUUCAGUGCUUUAAGUUCUAUUCUGCGGAAAAAAGCUCAAGUACCUUUUGAACAAUUCCAUUUCAAUGGUGAUAUUGAAGACCACGUAGAACAUUUGGGUAUUGCUACUAGUAUUGCAAGUUCCACUGGUUCGGUUAUAGAGAAUGUGGGGCAAACUGGAUAUUCUAUGAGCAAUGAAGAUCUUGCCAACGCAUUUAGACAAUUGGCCUUGUUGGGCAUGAAACGAGAAAAUAGUCCUCUUCAAAUAGGAGAGAAAUCCGAACCUCAAGAUACAGACCUUGAAAAUGAUAUCUUGGAGAAUUACUUAGAUGUCAGCAAGCUGCCUUCAUUGGAUAUCAGUAAUGUUCCAGACUCGAGAAAAACACCUGAAUUAACCUCUCUUGAUGAUUUACAGCUUUUUGAUCUCACAAGUCCCAUCAUUAACGGACUUACUUUUGGACAGAAUUUGAAUCAGAGAAGAUCCAAUAGAGCUAAUAUUCAAAAUAAAGUUCUGGUAACUGAGGUUGAAGAAGUCAGACCAGAUUUGCAUAAGUAUGAAAGUUUCCAUACACUUAAUGGCGAUUUGACUUCUCAGAGUGAACGUCAAAGUGAGAAUCCAGAAGAAGAAGUAUCUACAGAAGUAGAAGAUAAGGAUUCGGAAGUUGUUGGACUUGGAAUUCUGAAAGAUAUUCAAGCAUCUGAAACUUCUGAGACUAAUGCUACUGAUGAAUCAAUUGGAAGUCAGAUGGUACAUAAUCCUCGUCUGUCGAUCAAUGAGAUGAUGAACUUGUUGGGAAAUUUGGAAUCCUCAAUGGCUGACAAAACUUCUGUCAAUGGAACAGACGUAAAUUCUACAAAUGUCCGCAAUCCCUCCAACAAACAAGAAUUGAGAAGACUGUCGAUUGUAGGAAUGAUGAGUCUCUUAUCCGAUCUUGAGAAAACUCAAGCCGAAAGCGAGUCCAAGGAAGAGUCAUCUGAGAAGAAAGAACGAGCCAAAAAGAAUCGUAAAUCGAUUGCAGAAAUGAUGUCAACACUACUGGCUUUGGAGUCUGCUAAUAGUGAGAGUAAUGAAAUUUCAACGAGAAGAGAUUCCAUCACAAACAUGAUGAGCACAUUAGCUAAGUUGGACUUGUCAAAUAUUGAAAAUACUAUUGAUGGAAAUGUUGAACAGGUACCUUCAAUUAAUAUUGAAAGUGCAGACUCUAAGAGGGUACCGUUUGUCAGAAAAUUAGAAACUAAUUCUGACUUACAGAAAAGGUACUCUUGGUUCAAUGAUGAUGAAAAGAUAAGUUUUGCUUCCAAGAAUGCUUCCGCUCCUGCGAAAGGUUCGAGUCUCAAGAUUGAGAUUGAUGGACCUAUAAGCCCAGAAGUCAACUUACAUAGCGAGGACUACAAUAGACCACUUACCCAAGAUCUUCUAGAUGAAAUAAACCAGCUUCCUGAAGAUUUUGAUUUCCAGGAGCACGAAUAUAGAAGUAGGUUGAGCUCACCUGUAUCCGAAAAUUCAUUUUUCAGGUCUAAUUCGUACAACAAGAAACCAGUCAAAGCUAUCAUGGAGAGCAAGUAUCUGUCCAAUAAGAUUGAGACUACUAAUAAGACAGUUACAUUUUACAGAAACAAUAGUUCAGGACCUUCUUUGGAUUUAUCAAGAAGUAGGAGUGUUAGCCGAGCACCAUCUACUAGAUCGAUAAAUUCUUUCACUUCUGUUAAUGAAGAACCAGAAGAGUACGAAGAAAUUGAAGUAGAAGACACAUAUAAGAAUCCUACUACGUUCACUUCUCCGCCUCAGUUUUCAUUCAAACUAUCUACCAACUAUUCCAAGAGCAAUGAGUCGUUCCCUAAAGCCCCGAAUAAUCUUAGUACUAUUACAGAGGCAGACAGUCCAAUAAUUAAAUAAAAAAGGGAAUGAUUCGUGUUCAUGUAAUGUAUAUGUGAAAAGUAUAUUAACAUAGUUUAAUUAUAACGGUAAGAUAUAAAAUAGAGAGCUGAACGGCUCAGUAAAUUCAUCAAUUAGGUGUUUGACGCUGUUGCAUGAAACUUUUGAAGUCGUAAUUGUCACCAGCGUAGUCGAAGUACCUGGAAUUGCUUGCUUCGCUAUGCUCUCUGCUCAACUGAACUUUUAAUGCAUUGUCAACUCCAGCUCUUGGAGUUGAAGGGUUCUGGAUACGUCUGGAGUUGUACCUCUCUGUGCUUCUCAUAGGUGAAAUAGCAGCACUUGGAGCAGUGGAAGUCGAUGAUCUCUUCAGUUUUAACUCCUGGGCCACAGUUCUUCUUUCUGCCAAGCUGAUGGUUUUGGAUUUUGCCAGCAACGAAUGGACUUUCAAUUGCGUUUCUGAAGGUGUGCUGUUGAAAGACGCAGAACUAGAUGCCGUAGAUGAAGUACUGGACAUAGUUGAAUUGGAUCUAAAUAAGAAGUGGUUGUUUCUGUACUUCGAGUAGAUGCUGAGCAACUCGUCUCUUUCUUCAUCUUCGACAUCUUCUUCAACCAAAACAACUUCGACAUCCUUUCCAUCCUUGGUCUUUUCUAUAAUUGACUUAUAAGACAUAGUAGAGUUGUUUCUCUUGACCAUACAAACAUCGUAGUCCCCUUCUGUCAAAUCAAUUACAACAGAUUCUGUAUCCGACUCAGACGAUGCGGAUUUGGGUUUAUCCGACUUGUUGGAUUUGUAGCUGCUCUUUGAUGA